AUGUCUGCCUCACAAAACCUCAUCGAUUCGGCCUUGUUUAUAUCACAAGGAGCAGAAGCUGCGAGUAUCUUUUUACUACCUGUGAUAUUCAGUCCCGAUAAUGACAUUGACUCGAUAGGACAGAAAGUGUACAAAGCUCAACUUACAUCGAAUUCCUCACCGAUUCUCCUCAAGCAUAGAUUCCAGAAACAGUAUCGGCAUCCAACGCUCGAUGCAUCUCUCACUCGUUCUCGAAUAGCAGGGGAGGCGAGGACGCUGUUGAGAUGUUUACGGGCGGGUGUAAAUGUUCCUGGUAUACGAAUGGUAGAUGCUACAAAUGGUGUUCUUGGGAUUCAAUGGAUAGAGGGAGAGAGCGUCAGGAAACUUUUACCUGGUGAGGCAGAAGGAGAGGACAAUGAAGAGGUCGAUCUUCUACAAGAAUAUGGAAUCUCUAUCGACGAGAUCAUGAACUUGGUAGGCACGGAAAUUGCGAAGAUGCACAAAGCAGAUGUGAUUCACGGAGAUUUGACUACCUCCAACAUGAUGAUUCGGCCUAUCAAGUCCUCUCAAGCCGAGCUGAUUUUGAUCGACUUUGGGUUGGCUUUCCAGUCGACUCUUACAGAAGACAAAGCCGUGGAUCUCUAUGUUCUGGAACGCGCAUUUUUAUCAACGCAUCCGGAUUCCGAACCCAUGUUCGCGUCAGUCCUUGCAGCCUACGAACAAAGGAUGGGUAACGAUUGGGCAGCUAUAAAAUCGAGGUUAGAUGAUGUUCGUCUCAGAGGUCGAAAACGGAGCAUGGUCGGUUAA